UUAUUCCUGAUAACAAUGAUAACAAAUUUUUGACCGAUUCGAAAAAUAUUGUCUCACGUCUAUAAUUCAUAAAACCACAAGUUUAAAUUCGGUUUAAAUUAUUAUUCGUAAUAAUUAGUGAUUCAAACAUGAAGCACUUGAAAUUCUUGGCCCGAACAGUGCUCGUACGUAACUCGAAUGUCGACGAAGCUGCUCGUCUCGUCAACAAAAUUAUGGGCAAAGAAGGAUUCUUCGAUCAGUACAGAAGAACUCGACGAUACGAAAAACCAUUUCAAUUAAGAAGACGCAUCAAUUACGAAAUAUGUAAAGGUUUAUACGACGAAGAUAUGGAUAGAAAAAUCGCAUUCGUUCUACGUAAAAACAGACACGAUCCGUUUCCCGGUUGCAGAUAAGUUUAUGCAAUAAGUAAAAAUAUUGUGUUAUGAUAUCCUCUUGUAAAUGUUCCAAUAAAAAUUUAGAAAAAUA